GUCAUUAAAAUAAUUACGCCAUAUUUAACACCGUGUACAGGCAUUGAGCCAAACUUGUUAGAUAAUGAUUCAGAUCUCAAACAAUAAUGUUGUUUUGAAUUUUACAAGCCGUACACACCUUCAUUGCAACUCACUAAAGUAAAUGACUACAGCUAGAUUUAUUUUUCAAAAUAAUCUUAAUGGAUACUGAAUUAAGUGAUGGGUUAAUUGAGCACUCAUGCUCUAGUGUUGACGUGGAAAGAUGUGGUGACACAAUCUGCAUACAACACGAGCAAUUGAUAUGCAACAAUUGCCUAAGCAAUAAACACAACAAGUGCAUAACUUUAACCCUAACAAGUGCACUAGAAUCUGUUGAUUUACAGUCAACUCUUAAGAACAUACAAGAACGUACGGACUUAUUAAAAAACACGAUUACAACUUCGAUAAAGGCGAAAGAAGAGAAUAUUUUACUUCUCAAACAAAAGUCAGAAGAAAUAAAAGAUGAAAUAAGUUCAUUUCGUCAAAGAAUAAUACAUACUUUAGAUAUCAUGGAAAGAGAUGCUCAUUUGGCUAUUAAUGAUGAGAUAGGUAGAAUGCUGAACAUGGCUGAAAUGGAUGAACAAGAUCUUUUGAUUCAGAAAUCAAAGAUAGAGCAUUUACAGCAAUGCGUUCAAGAAAUCCUUAUACAUAAGAUAAAUGAGAAAUCAUUCCGUAAACUUAUUGAAGUCAGUGGAAUUCAAAAAGGUAUAGCUAGUUUUCUUAGCAGUAAUAACAGACUCAGGCAAAACCAAGAUGCAGAAUUUCAAUGGAAUGGGUUAAUCAGUGAACUCCAAGAGAAAAGUUUGAUUCCAACUUUUGGACAGCUUAUACAAAAAUUAUCUUUGACGAAUGAAGAGAUCCCGGAUAUUGCUAGUUCUAUUCCAAAUGAGCCAAUUAUCGAACUAUAUCGAAGUAUCGAUCACUGUAUCGAUACCCAAAACAUGCGGAUCGAUAAUAAUUGUUCGAUAAAAAGAAACAGUUUCGUUUUGAAAUCUAGUUUUGAUACUUUGGACAUUGAAGUUAACGUUCAAAUAAACCGUGGUUGUUUCAUUUCCAAUAACCGAGUUUUGUUGAAAGACAUGAGAAAUUCGUGUAUAUAUCUACUGAACGUUGAAGAUGAAACAUUUCAGAAGCGUUACCUUGAGCAUGAAGCACUUGAUAUAGCAGUUUUCGAUUGUUCACGGGCAGUGGUGACACUACGAGAAGGUGGGAUACAGGUUAUCAACAUACCCUCACUAACACCGGGUGAACGAAUCAGAUGUGGAGGCUCGUUUUAUGCAGUAGCAUGUACGAACAAUACAAUAUUUGUUAGAACAUCUUAUCGAAAACUAACCGUCUUUGACAUAACAGGCAAACAUCAGAAAACUAUGGAAACAGAAUUUGUCAUUGACUACAUGUGUGUUAAUAAAAAUGUGAUAUAUUGCACUAACUAUUGUACAAAUCGCGUUUUUGCUUUGACCACUGAAGGAAUUCCUGUUUUCAGUCAUGAACUAACUUCGCUGAAAGGUCCAGUCGGUGUGACCGUAGACAAACGUGGUUUGGUUUAUGUUGCUGGGUGGUUAUCAAACAAUAUACACCAAUUUGAUGAAGAAGGCAAUUUAUUGACGAUUAUUGGAACAGAGAAGGAUGACAUUUACCGACCAAUGGGCCUGUCUUAUAAUUCAGAAGAGGACUGUUUGAUGGUUAUAAAUAAGGGUUGUAUUUCUAUUUCUGUGUAUGAUAUUAUGGAUAAUGACAAAAUCGGCCAUUAGUUAAUAUAUGUUUCAGAGAUAUAUAGUCCCUUGCUCUAUGCUCUAUACGUAAUACUUGUUUUUGACUUCUUUAAAUAGGAAAACCUAAGGUGAUACUAUAGUUAUAUUUAAUAGAUGUUACCCAGUGAGAAAAUACAUAAAUUUGUUACAUAUUUAGACGUUUGUGUACGAUACAUCAUUUGACGUGACUUUACAACACAUUUUGUGAUUAUUUAUAGUAUAUCAAUGAUUAAAAAAAAGAAUUAUGUUGCUGUCAUCGUUCAUUAUAUUAUUAUAUUGUAUAGACUUUGCCCUUCAUGUAAGACCAUCAUGCAAAAAUAAAUCAAAUGCGUAAUCAAAGCUACAUGGCAUAGAAUUUACACUUAUAUAGACUCGUUUAUAGAGGACAUGCCAUAUGUCAAUGUCAUAACUGCUGAAUUAGAAUAUAUGCUUUGAAAUUUCAGAGGUGAAGAUUUUAAAGUUAAAAACCAACGACGGACAUAAAGUGAUGGCAAAAGCUCACGCGGCUUUAAAUUUAUGUCAGAAAGCUUACUGUAGUUCGUCUCGCUCUAAUCGGUGUCUAAAGGAUUUGAAAUAAAUUGAAAUAUUUUAGCCAUAAUUUUUUCUACACAAAUAACUAUUAUGAUUGACCAUUUCAUUCACUUAAAACCGUUAUACUUUAUGAGAUGCGAUUAUAGAUGAUAUUCAAGAAGAAGAAAAAAUAAAAUAACAGUGAAUUUAUUAUGUUUUUUGGCAGUACAAAACACACACAAAUGAAGGGUCAUUUAUAGCAUGUGGGAGCGAUACACACACAUCUAAAUGAGAUUGAACUGACGUUCCUAAACAGGCUUGUCUCUUUUAUCAUUUAUAUGAUCACGUUGUUUACAAUAAAAGCAUUUCCUGACUUUUAAAAUUUCGAUAUGUGCAAAAUUGAAUGUAUAGUAGAUGCACAUCCGUUUUAUAAUUCAUUUGCAAACAUUUUGUAUCAAACAGCUGAAGUACAGUUAAGAGAAGCGUGGUUGUGAAGAUUAUCAAUGCAGCUCACUUAUAUCACAGAAUAGAUCAGUAUCAGAUUUACCCGAGGCGGAAACAAGUGGAAUAUUUGUUAUAAAGGAGGACGAACUUAUCAUAUACGUGGGACAAUCUGGGGACUGUAUCAGAGAAAGAUUACUGAGUCACUUGUCAGGGUAUGACGCCCAAAAUGUUGGAUCAUAUUUAAAAACAUUACCAAAAGAAUACAAGAUUGAACAUAUAAAGUUAGGAUGGGUAGAAAUUAAAGGUGCAAACUUUAAGGAACAUCAUUAUUUAUCUUGCUUAGCCAAUAAACAACAAGGUUGGCCAAAAUGUAAUCUGAAACGAGGAAGACCGGCGAAAAAUAGACAGAGAACAGGAUCUUAACAUACAUUUAUAUGUUGACACUUUGCCAGUAUAAUAAAACUUAUCAGGAAAGCUUUUGCCAGUAGGAUAUCUUUGUUAUCUAAGUCAGUAUCUUUUAUUCGUACAUUUGUUAUGCCUUAGUUUGUUUUCGUGUUGUAUUUUUUCGUUAAAUAAAUCAUGUAAAGUUG